AUGAUUCCUCUCUGUGGGUUCUCUCGCCCUCAGAGGAGCCGUGGAUGUAGUCAUCAGCCCAAGGACAGGACACAGGGCACCACAACUGAAAAGAACAAUGUGAUCAUGUCUGAUGCAGCGGUGGAGCAGAGAAGAGCCCUGAUCAAGAGAAAGAAGAGAGAACAGUUGGAGACUCAGGCUCUGGAAGUCAAGGAGUUAACAGAAGAGCAGCAGAAGAUGAUCAUGGAGCUCUUGGAGGCUCAGAAGAAAACCUUUGAUGCCACAUUCUCCCAUUUUAAGAACGUCUGGGUGCCUGAAGCACAGAGCAGUGACCCUAAGAUUCCCGAGUCCACUGCCAGUUCAGAGGAAGCCACUGUCAAGUGGAACAGUAUCACCAAACAUUGCUGCCCUAUGUCUCUGCGGCUACAGUGUGAAGAUGGCAGCAUCUGGAACUACAGAGCCUCAGAAGAUAAGUCAGGGAAAAUGAUCAUUUCCUUUUUGCCCUACAUGGCCAACACCGCAACCUACAUGUUUAAAGGCAUCAUCAAUUUUGCCAAAGUCAUUCCCUGCUUCCGAGAAUUGUCUAUUGAGGACCAGAUUUAUCUAUUGAAAGGGUCCAUGAUUGAGCUGUGCCUACUGCGCUUCAACAAGGUGUUCAAUGCAGAAACUGGAACCUGGGAUUUUGGUCGAUUUUUCUACUACUUAGAUGAUCCUACAGGGAACUUAAAGCACUAUCUAACGGAUCCUGUACUGAAAUUACACUACAUGUUGAAGAAGCUGCAGCUACAUGAUGAAGAGUAUGUGCUAAUUCAGGCCAUCUCCCUGUUCUCCCCAGAUCGACCCGGUGUGGUCCAACAUUGUGUCGUGGAUCAGCUGCAGCAGAGAUUCACCAUGGCACUGAAAGCCUACAUAGAAUGCAAGCGACCUCAGCCAGAGAACCGUUUUUUGUUUCUGAAGAUCAUAGCCAUUCUCACAGAGCUCCGAAGCAUCAAUGCCCAGCACACCGAGCAUCUACUCAAAAUUGAAGACAUCCAUCCCUUUGCCACCCCCCUUAUGCGGGAGUUAUUCAACAUAACGGAUAAUAAGGCCACCAGCUGUUGACCUUUGUCUGGACAGAAAUCAUCGAGAGUCAAGAACACUCUGUGAUCUGACCUGCAGGGUCCAGCCUUAACCUCUUGGAUUUGUCCUAGACCUUCAGUCCUUUCAGUACUCACUCCCAUCUGACUUUUCUGGAGAAAAGUGAUUGUUCUCUGAGGUACCUCCUCACACUUAUUGGAUUAGCUAAUAUGACAGAAAAGGAAAAUGAUAAAUGUUGGAGAAGAUGUGGAAAAAUUG